AUGGGGAAAGACAAGCGUGUAGUGUACUUUUAUGAUUCUGAUACCGGAAAUUUUCAUUACGGACCUAACCACCCGAUGAAACCUCAUCGUCUUACACUUGCGCAUACCCUUGUUCUGGGUUAUGGACUGACUUCAAAGAUGCAGAUCUAUAAAGCACCGAAGGCUAGCAUGAAGGAUAUGAUGACAUUUCAUACUGCAGAGUACAUGGAGUUCCUGCGGGAUGUCAAACCUGCCAACGUGAACGAGUUUCCCAAAGAUAAACUUCUAGGGUACAAUGUUGGUGAGGACUGCCCAAUUUUCGACGGAAUAUAUCAGUUUUGCUCACUAUAUACAGGGGCUUCCCUUAUGGGUGCACGAUAUCUUAACGGUGGCUUUACGGACAUUGCUAUAAAUUGGGCUGGAGGUUUCCAUCAUGCGAAGAAAUUCGAGGCUUCUGGGUUUUGUUAUGUAAAUGACAUUGUUAUAGCAAUACUUCAGCUUGAGUUUUGUACCCAAAAUUACGCUUUCAAAAGGUACAAUCCCCGCGUUCUUUACAUUGAUAUCGAUGUUCACCAUGGGGAUGGUGUUCAGGAAGCUUUCUACUUGACGGAUCGUGUUAUGACAGUUUCCUUCCAUCGAUUUGGAAAUCUAUUCUUUCCUGGAACAGGUGAUAUGUUUGAAGUGGGUGCUGAGACAGGAAGAUACUACUCUGUAAAUGUUCCACUGAAAGAAGGCAUCGACGAUGACAUGUACUUCUCCGUCUUCAAGUCUGUCAUAACAGACAUCGUGCAGUUUUACCGCCCCACGGCUAUUGUUCUACAAUGCGGAGCGGACUCCCUCGGAUGUGACCGGCUGGGUGUCUUCAAUCUCUCAAUUCGCGGCCACGGACGAUGUGUCCGUAUGGUGAAGGAACUGGGCAUCCCCAUGCUUGUGCUCGGUGGUGGGGGCUACACUGUACGCAAUGUUGCCCGCUGUUGGGCUUACGAGACCGCGGUGCUGCUCGACCAGGAGGAUGUGAUCUCCAACGAACUCCCCUACUCCGAGUACAUCGAAUACUUCGCCCCUGACUACACACUUCAUCCCGAUUUGAACACAAAACUCGACAAUGCCAAUACAAAGCAAUACAUGGAGGCUCUGAAGACAACUAUUCACGAUAAUCUAAAGCAACUCGUGCAUGCCCCCAGUGUCCAGUUCACCGAUAUUGGGGAUGACUUCCUCCAAGCGUUUGAAGCCGAAGAGGACAGUGAGGAGGAAGAAGAAGAAGAACGAAAGGCUGAACGCAAGGACUUGUAA